UAAAGCAAAACUUCCAAAUUUUCCAUCACCCCCAAGCAACCCCAUAUUCCCUCCAGUUUCUUAACUUGUCGUCUUCACGUCUCCCGCCUCUGAAAUUCAAUUCCCCAUUUCUGAUCGCCACAAAGUCAUCAGUGGCAUUGCUGAGAGUUAGAAUUGAUGGAAAUGGAAAGAGCGAGUACCUCAGCAGCUCCAGUAAGACCCCGAGAGGUUCCAAUAGAAGGCAAAUCUAAUGUGUUUCAUCAGUUUAAACAGCAGCAACUCCCAGCUUGUAAACCUAUCCUAACACCAGCAUGGGUCAUCACUACGUAUCUAUUUAUGGGUGCUUUUUUCAUUCCUGUUGGACUUGUUACUGUUCGUUCUUCGAGAAGUGUUGUUGAACUUGUGGACCGGUAUGAUAUUAAAUGUGUACCAGAUGCAUUUAAAAGCGAUAAGCUACGAUAUAUCAAAGAUAGCUCAAUUCCCAAAAAUUGUUCUCUCUUCUUAAAGGUGUACAAACACAUGAAAGCUCCAAUUUACAUCUACUAUCAACUUGAUAACUACUAUCAGAACCACCGAAGGUAUGUCAAAAAUAGAAAUGAUCAGCAGCUGUUGCAUGGACUAAAGUACAAUGACUCCAGUUCCUGUAAACCUGAACAGUCCAGUAAUGGUCUUCCAGUUGUCCCCUGUGGGUUGAUAGCAUGGAGUUUGUUUAAUGAUACAUAUAAAUUUAUUCGUGGGAGAUCAGAAUUGAAGGUUAACAGGAAGAACAUAGCUUGGAAGAGUGACCGUGAUCACAAAUUUGGGAAACAUGUAUAUCCCUUCAAUUUCCAGAAUGGAACCUUGAUUGGUGGUGGAAGGCUAGAUCCAAGUAUUCCUCUAAGUGAUCAAGAAGAUCUUAUUGUAUGGAUGCGCACUGCUGCUCUCCCUAGCUUCCGAAAAUUGUAUGGUAGAAUUGAAGAGGAUUUGGAUGCAGAUGAUGUUAUCGUAGUCAAGUUGAUGAACAACUACAACACCUACAGUUUUGGCGGGAAAAAGAAGCUUGUUCUUUCAACAUCAAGCUGGCUGGGAGGAAAGAAUGACUUCAUUGGGGCUGCGUACAUUGUUGUUGGUUCUGUUUGUUUAUUGGUCGCCAUUGUCUUCAUAUUACUUCAUAUCAAAUGUUCAAGGCCUUAUGGGGAGAUGCAUUUGUCUUGGAACAAGAAAGCCAUUUCUAGUUGAAAAGGUUACGCAUUAUUACUCGACGUUGUACAUUCUUGGAGUAAAGAAUUAAAGAUACAAUGGACAGUGCUUUGAAUCUAGAGCAGACACCUUGCAAUG